CUGCCUUCCUUCCCUAGUCAUUGGGAAGGAGAAGAACACACAGUUAGAUACAUCCAUCUGAUCUGCUUAGUUACCGUGCUCUGUACUCCUGAUCAGGAUGGCAGAAGGGCUCUUCUCCAUGGCUCACCCGUGGGCCUCCGCCUUUGGCAUCCUAGGCAACAUCAUAUCCUUCCUGGUGUUCCUCGCGCCCACGCCGACGUUCCUGCGGGUGUACCGGAAGAAGUCGACGGAGGGGUUCAGCGCGGUGCCGUACGUGGUGGCGCUCUUCAGCUGCAUGCUGUGGAUCUUCUACGCGCUGGUCAAGACCAACUCCAGCCCGCUGCUCACCAUCAACGCCUUUGGCUGCGUCGUCGAGGGCUUCUACAUCCUGCUCUACGUGGUGUACGCGCCCAGGCACGCCAGGCACCGCGCCCUCGCCUUCUUCCUCCUCCUCGACGUCGCCGCCUUCGCCCUCAUCGUCGCCGUCACCGUGUUCCUCGUGCCCCAGCCCAGCCGCGUCAAGGUCCUCGGCAGCGUCUGCCUCGCCUUCUCCAUGGCCGUCUUCGUCGCCCCGCUCAGCGUCAUCUUCGUGGUGAUCAAGACCAAGAGCGCCGAGUACAUGCCCUUCUCGCUCUCCUUCUUCCUCACCCUCAGCGCCGUCGCCUGGUUCUUCUAUGGCCUCUUCACCAAGGACAUCUACGUCACCCUCCCGAACGUGGGCGGGUUCUUCUUUGGGGUGGCCCAGAUGACGCUCUACUUCUGCUACCGCAAGCCGGACACGUCGGCCCUGGUGCUGCCGACGGGGAUCCACGACGUGUCCACGGAGCCGGCGGCGCAGCAGGAGGUGGAGCUGCCGGAGGGCACCCACCCGGCGGUGGCCAUGCUGACGGUGAGCACGCUGCCGAUGCUGGCGGAGCUGCAGAAGAUGGAGCAGGAGAUCAGCUCGCCCACCCCGCGCAAGGGCUACAUCAAGGCUUUCUGAUCCGAUCGAGAUGACCGAUGCACGCACGGGCGCAUGCAUUCAGGAGAUGAAUCAAUCGCUAAUGAUUGGCGAACCGACCGCCAGCAGAGAUACGUUUAUAUAGUUCUUAAUUUCAGUCGUUCGUUUGUAAUGGUCUGUACUAGUAGCACAGUCGUGUGUGUGUUGUCGUCCAAGGGUCUGAUAUACCGGCCGGCCGGGCAAGUAAUUCAUCUACCAAUCCACGUGCCCUGGGAAAUAAAGUUAUAAACAGAAGCUCGCGUUCCUUGUU